UUCCGCCGCCGCGCGGCCGCGCUCGUCCCGCCCUCCGCGCCGCACCUCCACCGCCACCUCCGCUGGCUCCUCGCCGACGCCGCCGCCGCCGAUCCCUCCUCCGACCCGGCGCUCCUCCGCGCGCCGCUGGGCGACCUCGAGGCCAUGUGGGCCCGCCACGUGCGUGACCGUCGCCCGUUCCAGUACGUGGUCGGGAACGAGCACUGGCGGGACCUGGUGGUGGCCGUGAGGGACGGCGUGCUCAUCCCGCGCCCCGAGACAGAGGCCGUGGUGGACAUGGUGAGGAAUGUGGAGGGGUUCGCGGACGGGUGGUGGGCGGACCUCGGCACCGGGAGCGGCGCCAUCGCCGUGGCCGUGGCGAGGGAGCUCGGACCCGAGGGGAAGGUGUUCGCAGUUGAUGUCAGCGAGGUGGCCAUCGAGGUCGCGCGGCUCAACGUCCAGAGGUACGGAAUGCAGGAUAAAGUUGAAAUAAGGCACGGUUCGUGGUUUGAACCUCUGGAAGAUGUGAAAGGAAAACUCAUGGGUGUGAUUAGUAAUCCCCCAUAUAUACCAACUGAUGAUCUACCUCGACUGCAACCUGAGGUUGGUUGGCAUGAACCAAAGUUGGCGCUUGACGGAGGCAAGGACGGCCUUGAGCAUCUGCUCCAUCUUUGUGAAGGGUUAUCUUCAGUUCUGAAGCCUGGAGGUUUCUUUGUUUUUGAGACUAAUGGCAAUAAGCAGUCUGAGUUCCUUGUUGAUUUGAUAAGCACAAAGUGGAGUUCUUCUUUUCAUAAUGUGGAGGCAGUAUUAGACUUCGCAGAAAUCAAGCGUUUUGUAACAGGAUAUCGCAGAUGAACACCAAAGCAUGGAUGUUGAUGUAGUUCUUGGGGGCGAAUUUUCCCCGCUUAGACUUUGGACCUUGCCAUGUAAAUAAUGGGAUCAGUCUGGGCUAGCUUCAGCAGAAAGCAAACAGCUCGUACCAUUGCCCCUCUUCGGAGCUUAUCACUUGAAGUUUAAGCCUGGUGGUGACAAUGAUAUAGCGCAAAGUCAAUCAUCAAAUAUAAUUCUUUAGGCAUGCGAGCUAAUAUUUCGCCAAAGCCAAGCUGCGGACCGAUCCAUGGUCCAUCUGCCCAAGGAAGCUGUACAAUAGACAAGACUCUUGUGGCAGUUUGCAUUCAGAAGCAUGUAUUUGGCCACUUGUUUUGCAGCGUGUUGGGUGAUGAUUGUGAUUUAAAGCGGAGACUUUUGUGGCGUCCAAAAUUAUUCCGCCGCCCACACGGCACUUUGUGUGUUUCAUUAUUGAUUGAUGCCGUGGGCCAGGCGAUUAUUUUUGUAAUUUGUUUCUUUUUUGUUCCCUCCUUUGGAUCCAUCUCCAGGUAAAUUCUAUGAAGAUGAAGUCCAUGCUUUAUUUCUUUUCA